AUGCUCAUUACACAAUUUUUUGUCCGUCUUUCUCUUUCGUUCUUUCUUUCAUGCUAUCUUUCAUCCUUUCUUUCUUUCUUUCUUUCUUUCUUUCUUUCUUUCUUUCUGUCAUCUUCGUGUUUUCUUUGCUUAUUCUCUUCCUUCCUUCAUUCCUUUCUUUCUUUCUUUCUUUCUUUCUUUCUUUCUUCAUCCCUUCCUCUCUUUCUGUCUUUAUUUUUCGUUUUCCUUUUUCUUUAUGCCCCUUUCGCGUUUGAUUUUUUCUUUCUUGUAUUCUCUUUCUUUCCCUUUUUCUUCUUUUCUCUCUCUCUCUCUCUCUCUCUUCCUCAUUUGUUCUUUCUUUCUUAUAUUCUCUUCUUUUUCUUGUUCUUUUUACUUUCCUUCUUUCUUUCUUUUAUUCUUUUCUUCUCCGGUCCUUUUUCCGUUAUUUCUCAUAUUCCUUUUUUAUCUUUUCUUUCUUUCUUUCUUUCUUUCUUUCUUUCUUUCUUUUCUUCUCUGGUCCUUUUUACUUUAUUUCUCAUAUUCCCUUUUUUGUUCUUUCUUUCUUUCUUUCUUUCUUUCUUUCUUUCUUUCUUUCUUUCUUUCUUUGUUGGCUUAUUCGACCAGAUUCAUCUUUCAAAUUAUUUUCUUUCUUUCUUUCUUUCUUUCUUUCUUUCUUUGUUGGCUUAUUCGACCAGAUUCAUCUUUCAAAUUAUUUUUCUUUCUUUCUUUCUUUCUUUCUUUGUUGGCUUAUUCGACCAGAUUCAUCUUUCAAAUUAUUUUUCUUUCUUUCUUUCUUUGUUGGCUUAUUCGACCAGAUUCAUCUUUCAAAUUAUUUUUCUUUCUUUCUCUCUCUCUCUCUUUCUUUCUUUCUUUCUUUCUUUCUUUCUUUCUUUCUUUGUUGGCUUAUUCGACCAGAUUCAUCUUUCAAAUUAUUUUUCUUUCUUUCUUUCUUUCUUUCUUUCUUUCUUUCUUUCUUUCUUUCUUUCUUUCUUUUUUUUGUUGGCUUAUUCGACCAGAUUCAUCUUUCAAAUUAUUUUUUUCUUUCUUUCUUUCUUUCUUUCUUUCUUUCCAAUCUUGCAUUUCUGCUCAUUAAUUCUUGUUGCCCAAAUCCACCACAAACGGUAUUCCACAAGAAUAACACCAACCAACCAUCUGUCCAAUCAGUCCACAGCGAAGUCUCUACGUUUGACUCUUCUUCUUCCUCUUCUUCUUCUUCUUCUUCUUCUUCUUCUUCUUCUUCUUCUUCUUCUUCUUCUUCUCCUCCUCCAAAUUUUUCUUCUUCUUAGAAAGAAAUUCUUCUUUUUUUUGAAAAAUCAUUCUUCUUCUCUGUUGCUCCUCCUUCUCCUCUUCCCCAUUUUUCUUCUUCUUCUUCUUCUUCUUCUUCUCUUCCUCAUUCUUCUUUUUCUAUUACAAGUUUUCUCUCUUUCUUUUUCCCUCUCUUUCUUUUUCUCUAACUUUCUUUUCUCUCUCUCUCUUUCUCUCUCUCUCUCUCUCUUUCUUUUUAGGAGUCCUCUCUUUAUAUUGUAUGUCUAUAAAAAAAAUUUAUCUCUUUGUCUCACAGUUUGUAUGUCUGUCGAAAGGCUAUAUAUCUAUGCCUGUUUGUCGGUUUCUCUCAUGCAUUGUGUCUCAAAGUUUAUUUCUUUUUUCAUUUCUCUCUCUCUAUCUAUCUAUCUACUAUAUGUUUUAAUUGACAUUAAAAAAAGGUUUAUAUCUCAUGAAAUUUGUUGUUUCUCUCUCUCUCUCUUCUAUCUAUCUAUUCUAUCUAUCUAUCUAUAUUACCCCGUUUGUUAUAUAUCUCAUUGUUUGCUUGUCUCUCUCUCUCUCUCUAUCUAUCCUAUCUACCCGUUUGUAUGUGACCCUAUAAAAGGUUAUAUAUCUCAUUGUAAAUCCUCGUCUCACUCUCUCUCUCUAUCUAUCUGA